AUCUACCGUCAAAAGGAGCCAAAGUGAACUCGCCCAAUCUGCACAACUUCACAUUCUAUUGUUGAUUUGUUUCUCCAAUCGCCCAGGCAACGCUGGAAGCUGAAGCCUGAAGGUUUCGAACUUCUGCUCUUCUACUUCGCCAAGUUCCCUCCUUUUUGGUUUUCCUUCUCGUCGUUGCUUCGGGCUCAAAUCAGUUCCAGAUGGAGAUCGACGGUUUCGUAUACGAAACCCUAGGCUCUCUAUCAGCCUCAACCGUCCCAUCAACCGACUUCUCCGGUCCCGACUCUCCCGAGCCCUACUCUGUAUUCCGAACCCAGAUAACUUCUUCCUCAUUGAACUGCCAUUCUCCUGAAACUGCUGCGCCUGACUACUUCUCUCUUGACGUCGAAGACGUCGACGCCGACGUUGUCGAUGGGUCGAGGCAACCGACCGCCGCGACUCCUCCUGUUGCCACUCCUACCUCGUCUCGACCAGUGGAUAGGACGUUGGAGGUCGGCUGGUUCCGAGCCAACAAGCGGUUCAGGAGCCCCAUGAUUCAGCUCCACAAAGAGAUACUUGAUUUUUGUAGCUUUCUGUCACCAACCCCAGAGGAGCAAGCAUCACGAAAUACUGCUGUAGAGUGUGUUUUUGACGUCAUUAAAUAUAUAUGGCCCCACUGUAAGGUUGAAGUGUUUGGGUCAUUUAAGACAGGCCUCUAUCUUCCAACUAGUGAUAUCGAUGUUGUGAUUUUGGAGUCCAAGGUCAAAACUCCACAAAUUGGUUUAAAAGCUCUUUCUAGGGCCUUAUCCCAGAGAGGUAUUGCUAAACAAAUACAGGUGAUAGCAAAGGCUCGUGUACCAAUUAUUAAGUUUGUGGAAAGGAAAAGUGGCAUUUCAUUUGAUAUUAGCUUUGAUGUAGAAAAUGGACCAAAAGCAGCAGAGUUUAUUAAGGAUGCUGUAACUAAGUUACCCCCUUUACGACCAUUGUGUUUGAUACUGAAGGUCUUUCUACAGCAGAGAGAACUGAAUGAGGUAUAUUCAGGUGGAAUUGGUUCUUAUGCACUUCUUGCGAUGCUAAUGGCACAUUUGCAGGGUUUUCAGGAUGGCAGAGCUUCUGUAGAACACAACUUGGGAGUCCUUUUGGUCAACUUUUUUGAUUUUUAUGGACAUAAAUUGAACACUUGUGAUGUUGGCAUAUCUUGCAAAGCGGGAGGCACCUUUUUCUUGAAGAGCAACAAAGGGUUCUUCAAUACAAAUCGACCAUUUCUUCUGUCCAUUGAGGAUCCACAGGCACCAGACAAUGAUAUUGGAAAGAACUCCUUCAACUAUUCUCAGAUCAGGUCAGCUUUUGCAAUGGCUUUUUCUAUAUUGACUAAUGCAAAGACAAUCUUGAACCUGGGUCCCAACAGGAGCAUUCUUGGAACUAUAAUAAGAUCUGACCCUGUACUUCUAGAGCGAAGAGGGGGUUGUAAUGGAGAGGUGACUUUUAAUAGUUUGCUCCCAGGGGCUGGGGAACCAUUACAGCCACAAUUUAUGAAUGAACAGGAAAUCUUAUGUAAUUGGCAAUUGGAUGACGAAGACCCUCUACCUAGGGGCAAUGGCAUUUUUGGAGAAGACAGUGGUUCAUAUUCCUCUCGGGAAAGGAAAGCUCUCAAAGAGAGGCUCAGAUCCCAGGUAAAGGAAAAUGGGGAAGUGGUGAAUUUCAGGCAUGAAGAAAAUGGGAGUAGAAAAGACAAAACACCAAAGAAGAAACGCUGGAGAAAUCACCCAGAUGGAAGUAAUGGCUAUGGUGCUAGCAGUACCAGUAGAAGAUACAUCGGAGGAUCCCCAUGGGGUCGAAGCUGUUAGAAUAUUGCAUGGCUCCGAAUCUUCUACUGACCAGCGAGGAAAGGAUCCUUCCAAGUGUCGGUUAUCAAAUAUCGGCUAAAUGCUAGAAAGUUGAUAUUCAUCCUACACAGAUGGAAAUAUUUAUGAAAUCAACUGUAUUUUUGACCAAGCAAACAUCGAGUGUGAAAUUAUUAUUUUGUUUCAAUUACUUGCCAGCAAUUUUUUUUAUUUUAUUAUUUUUUUUUUUGUUUAACGUUCUGAUUCUUCUUUGCAAAUUUUGAAUAGGAAGUCCCUCUCUCUCUCUC